GUCAUAUAAUAUACAGUCCUCAUAUACCAUAACAUCUCCAUAGAAAGCAGUGCACUGAACAGAACAGGAGAGAUGAUAGAACGACAGUGAGCCUGUCUGCUCAUAACAGGGAUAUAGUCAGGGAAUACUUCACAGUGGAAAGGGAUCUUGUGAGAUAGACGGCAAAGACUUGGAAGUACAAAAUAGAUGCCUGGCAGCAGCAGUCCUCAUAAUCACUUGGAUAAUUUGGAUUGUAAUCAAUUAUUGUAUUUUCUGAAAGAUAUCCCAAUGUGUGUAACAUUGUAUAAAGAGCAUCUCAAGCAAUGAGUGGGAGGGGUGAUCUAAGGACCCGUCAGCUGCCUAUCUUCUUCUCUUUUCUAUUUAUAGACAUCCAUCUUUCAGAUGUCCCAGGCAGUUGGUCGGAUGUACCAGCACCCAUCCGCAUCUUUACGUCGCGCCGGUGAUAUACCACACAUACAUCCAGCUAACGCACACCGUUAUAACAAUUAUAAUAAUGCUGUCCAGGUCUACACUGUAACAACAAGAAAUACCAGUCCUCCACAUCAUCGUCCUUUCCACAACGGAGGAGGGGGUUACGGGGGUGGUCCCCCACCUAGCCCCCCUCAUCACAACCCAAGAGGCCGACGAGGUGGUCGCUACCCUCCUAACAGCUACUACAACUCUCCUCCUCAGCAACAACCAUACCAUCAUCCACAUCAACAACAGCAACAACCCUACCACCAUCCUCACCACCACCAUCAGCAACACGUCCAGCAGCAGCAUCAUCCACAAAGGCAGUCUCCACCACCGCCACCGCCUCAAUCCCAACAACACCACCAUCACCACCACAACUCCAGCAACUCCUCGUCUUAUUACCCCAAGAAUCAGAACCAGACCGGGUAUAACCAAACCCAACGGGGCUCUCGGGGAUCCGGUUACUAUGAUGAUUUAGAGUGGGAUAACUACGAUCUUGGAUCGGACAAAGAGAAGAAGGCAGCGCAGCAACGGAAGCGUAACGAACGGCAGGAUGGAUGGAGGAGAUCCGGGAAUGGUUUGAUGGGAAAUGAUUUUGACCUUGAGUGGGAUGAUUAUGAUCUCAGACCUAAGAUUGAGGAGACGGAUGAUGGUGUAGAAUUAGUCUUACCAGAAAACUAUCUUCCAUUGCUGAAAGCUUCCAACAAGGCCACACUGUCUAGAGGCCAGAUACCAAUCAGUGCUAUCCAGGUCCGAAGACUACCCCACAGGACUUUCCUGUCAGCCAAGACCCUAGGCUUCAAUAAGGACCUUCUGGUUCUCACAACAGACUUCCCAGGUCUAGGUGAUGCUAAUGAGACCAAAGAACUAUUAGAGGACGCUCUGGUUGAUGAGCGUGAGGCUUUCCUUCUUUCUCAGAACAACAAUGGUCCAGAGGUUUGCAAGCUCAACGGUAGCAGUGACAAAGGCAGCGUCAGCGGCUCCAUAUCCGACAUUCCAAGCCGCAUCGAGGGAUCUGUGACAGAUAGCGACAGCAUCCGUGAUCGCAGCCAGGACUUGACAGAUUCGGACGACCAGACUACAAACGAUUUCUUGGACGACGAGUACGAACUUCCAUGCCAUGAUCGGCUGGCUGAUGUUAACCUGUAUGCUCUCUCACCCCAUGACUUUGACUCGCCCGAUUCUAUAUUCAGCCGUUCGCUUGCGGAUUUGACUGACCUGAGCCUAUAUGAAGAGUUUGGUGUUGAGACUAUCAGACGAAGGAGAGCUCUCUUGGGCGGUGACAAGGAGGGAAGGGAUAGUCUGCUGAAAGAAGCGACCCGGAAGUUAUCACUCAAAGCAAAGAAGAGGAAGCGCAGAACAGACAAGUCUGGAGAUGGGUCCGUGAUUGGUGGAGGAUUAGACGACGGAGAUGAUAAAAAACAGAAGAGAGUUGCUCCAAACUAUUUUGUUGCUAUUCAAGUAUGCAGUCCAGAGAUUCAUCAAGCUCUUCACAAUGUCCAGCAGACUGUGAUGGCCGGGGAUGAGAAACUCAAGGAUGCUAUGGUUCCUAUACCAACGCUACAUCUUACUAUCAUGGUCAUGCAUCUAGCUACAGAUGAAGACGUUGAAAGAGCCAAACUAGCCUUGAUGGAGUGCCACAGGUUACUAGGCCCAGAGAUAACUCGCAAGAAACUCAAUAUAUGGUUCCAUGGCUUAGGACACUUUAACAAUCAGGUUAUGUUUGCUAAGAUCAAAGACAUUGAUGGAAUCUUAGACACUCUAUAUAAUGUAGCAGAAACUGUUGAGAACUGUUACCGACGUCACGGCAUCCACUCCACCGGGGAGCGAGGGUUCAAGCCUCAUCUCACCGUCAUGAAGCUGUCUCGUGCCCCUAGUUUGCGCAAGAAGGGCGUACGUCGUAUCAAGUCUGAGCUGUACCGUGCUCAUAGCGCAACGCUCUUUGGUAAUCAACCAGUGAGCGGUUUUCAGCUCUGCUCUAUCAACAAACCUAAGAGUGAGGAUGGGUACUACUACAAAGCACAUGAAGUUCUCUUUAAUCAAGAUGUUUCUCCAAUCCCUGACCCAUUUGACAUGACAGGGAUGGAUGAUGGGUCUAAGGAACCAAUCACAGAACCUGUCUCAUCCACAAUCAUAGAGGAAGAACCUCAAGAACCAAUCAAAGAGCCCCAUCCAUCCAGCAACAUUGAAGAUGUGCCUAAAGAACCAAUCACGGAGCCUGUUUCAUCUCCAGUAGAGUCCUCUGAAUGUCAAGCAGCCAAUCAGACAUCUGAUUCAAAAGAAGCCAAAGAAGUAUCAAAGUCUCCAGACACCGAGCCUCAAACAUCACCCAAUGCAAACACAGAGGGCGACACACCAUCCGAAUCCGCCCCUACUUGAAUACCCUUUCAGAAGACGUCUAUGAAAGACGCUAAGUGCCUUGGAUGCAGCGCAAAGCUUUCAGCUAUGUGUUUAUUUAUAUGCAACUGCACAGAAGUGAAUGAAUUUAAUGAGUUGUACUAUAAGUAUUUUUAAAUGUUUACAAAUAUUUUCCCUAUGGAGGGAAUGUGUUUGAAGGUCUGACCUAGGUGAUGAUGUAAUCUGUACAGGUCUAUGGUAUGCUGUCUGUGACAAAUAUAUUAUGAAAUAUGACCUGUGUGGAAUGAUAAUGGUGGUGAUAAUAAUGGGUAUUAUAAUGCCAUUGCUAUACAGGGAACAAGCCAUUAAUAUAUACAUUAAGGUCAAUAAUGUUUAUGGCAGAUUUUGGCAUAUUAUGAAUGAAUGGGAAGGUGAUUGUGAUGAGAAUGGUCUUGGUGAUGAUGUUGAUGUUUUUGAUGAUGAUGUUUUUGA